AUGAUUAAACAAUGUACGGUGCAUCAUAAUAUUGAUGAUGGCACUACCCACAAAGUAACAAAAGUUGCUGGACCUUUCUAUAAAGAAAGUCAAGCUAGAAAAACCAGUAAAGUAUGGUCUGAGCAGUCAUCUGGAGAAAGUGAAGAAGAUUCACCUCCAAAAAAACUAAAAUGUGUAUCAAAAGAUGUUGAAGAACAUAUUUUAGAGUUGCCAAAAGUKCCAAUAUUUCCAAUUUGUAACUCAAAUAAAGAAAAUCAAGCUAGAAAAACCAGUAAAUUAUGGUCUGAGCAGUCAUUUGGAGAAAGUGAAGAAGAUUCACCUCCAAAGAAACUAAAAGAUGUUGAAGUACAUACUUUAGAGUUGCCAAAAGUACCAAUAUUUCCAAUUUCUAACUCAACUGAUUUAGAUUUGACAAUUAUUAAUAAACAACGUGAUAUUCCAWGUACAAGUUAUCAUACAAGCCAUGAUGGUGAUCAUACACUCAUUGACAAUGGAAUUUCUAUAAAUGAUGAAGACAAUUUGAUGAAAACAAUAAAUUCAAAUAGUUCAA